AUGGUCUCUAUGAUCGAGACCGCCUCCCGAUCCGAUCGCAAUGACGCCGCGAUGGAAUCGCUCCUCCCCAAAUCUGAGCCGGUGCCAGAUGGCUCAAUCAGUUCGACAAUGUCGACCCCCGAUGCCGAAGUCGAACCAUUAACUCAAGAUACCACCCAGACACAGAAGAGAAAAGGUGGUCGCAAGCCUAUAUACGCCACCUCGGAGGAGAGGAAGCAACGCAAUCGCCAGGCGCAGGCUGCCUUUCGAGAACGUCGUACGGAAUACAUCCGUCAACUAGAGACAACCAUCAAGCGCAAUGAGGAGUCACUGCAGAGUUUGCAGCAGAGCCAUCGCAGUGCUGCCGAUGAAUGCUUGAUGUUGCGAUAUAAAAAUUCUCUGCUGGAGCGCAUCCUGCUCGAGAAAGGCAUCGACGUGCAAGCUGAACUUCGACUGAAGACCGGGGCGCCCGGCUCAACGGCUAAGCCUGCCCCAGCGCCGACCAAGUCGGCAAUGCCUCGUCCGACUCAAAGGCACCCGGCAGCAAUCGCCUCCAAACCAGAAGGUUAUGCUAUCUCUCAGCGUGAGGGGACUUAUGGCGUUGCAUCGCCACAGUUUCAACCCACGCCGACGUCCCACGUCUCAUCGCCCUCGCAUGCCAAGUCACCUGGCUACGGCUUCCAGGGAGGAGGCAUGUCCCCCGUUGAAGUCAUUGGCCCACCCACUGGGCGUCCCCAAUUGCUCCCUCAACCACGGAGCUUUACCAGUCAAACUUCGCCAGGCGGAAUCAGCAUGCCACAAACAGAUCCAAAUGAAAAAGCGCGUGGUCCUCGAGGCGCGCGCAUUGCCGCCAAUUACUAUCCAUCUCCAUUCCAAAAGCAUUACGAUCAAUUAGAACAAGAGUACGACGCCCAAGCCGAUCUUGUUGACGAGGACCAUGAAGGCUCCGUCCACGCACCUUACGUUCCGGGCUUCACGCCUCAAUCCGUGCCAUCUGGCUCUCAUAACAUGUCGGGAUACAAUCCACCGGCAGAGGGGGCACACGCAGACUAUGGGAAUGCAAAUCAGCUCAUGGCUCAGUACGAGCCGAUGUUGGAUGCUGAUCCCUUCGGACUGAGCGCCAGCAUGCAUUUCCCCACGCCUUUCAAUUACGACCAAAACAAUCCUCGUUCUUAG